AUGGUGAACCAAGGUAAUCGUCCAGCAACAGAGUCGACCAGUGUCGACAUGGAAUUGUCGCCAACUUUGUCUUCCAAAUCCGGGGAUCCCCAGCCCUAUGAGGGGGCAGACGACGUCAAAGCAUCGGCGCCGGAGAUGGACUCAAAUCGUAUAGAACAGGUCAUGUCGCAUAAUGCAAUUGAAGACAAAACCGAAACGCCCGAUACCUUGAAGCGAGAGGGCUUGGACCUGAGGAAAAAAGCGCUACCGGAUUUUAACAACCCAGCAAUGAAUGCGGACCAGAGUGAGUUUCCGGAGGAGUAUCAAAUCGAGACGGAUACGGGUCUCGUGAAGGUCAAAACGCUACAGAAGCUGAACCGACUUGAGAGCCGCGGAUCUGCUGCCUCGGCCAGCAAGCCCUCCUCGCCCUCUAAGGCCGCAGAUGCAGACGCCGCAGAUGAGGAAGAGCAGAAGAGCCCGUACGAUGCCUCAAAACUACAGAAGGCUAUUCACAAGAAUGAGAAAGAGAUAAACAUGUAUCACCAUCACCACGGCUACGAGAAGUUUAUCAACAUAAUGGACAAGCUUUUCAAGUAA